CCCAACCAGAUCGGACUUGGCAGAAGCAUCCAUUUUCAGGUUUCAAGGUCCGUUUGCCCACCGGCAUCUCAGCCAGGAGGAGGACUGAGCCCCAGGCAGAGAGCCACCCAACCAUGGCCGCAUCUUCUCCCAGCCUGAGAUUCAAGCUGAUCCUGCUGGGAGAUUUUGGGGUGGGGAAGACCACCUUCUUCCACCGCAUCAGGACCGGGCAUUUUCUGGAGGAGGCCCAUGCUCUCGGCCAGCCCAUGAGCGUGUGCGAGAAAAUCGUGCCGCUGAGACACAGCCGGAGCCACCCCCAGGCACAGGUCUCCCUGUGGGACACAGCUGGAGAGGAGCGCUUCCUGUCGCUGAGCAGCUGCUAUUACCGGAACGCAGACGCGGCGCUCCUGGUUUACAACCUCAACAGCCUCCUCUCCUUUGACAGCCUCUCCCACUGGCUGUACGUGACCCGGCAGUACUGCACGGAUGCUGACAUCUUUCUACUGGGCAACAAGAGUGACCUGGAGAACCACGUGCCGGAAGAGAAGGCUGAGAAGUUUGCUGCAGAGCACGGCGCAUCCGGGAGGUUCAGAGUGUCGGCCAAGACAGGUGAGAAUGUGGAAAGGUGCUUGCAAGAGAUGGUGGAGCGGCUUUUCCUAAAGCAAGAAAUCCAGCGCAGCAGUCUCCAUGCGCCCCUGCAAGAGGCGGGCUAUUAUAGCCACUGCGGAUGCUGAGGGGUGUGUGCGUGUGUGAUGAUGACUCAGAGGGCUCCUAAAGCAGGUGUGACGUGAUCGAUGACAAGGAGCCUUUCUCUGCAUACAUGCUGUAUAUCGUCCGGGUAUGUCCCAACUGCUGGAGA